CAAACAGAAAAUAGUGAAAAAAAAAAAAAAAAAAAAAAAGGGGUCCGACCCAAGAGCCAGAAUUAACUUUUAACUUUUUUCCCCGGGAUGAAAAAAAUGAAAGAGUUUCUCUACAGUUUGCCAAGAAACAAACAGAAAAUAAAGAGAGAGAGAGAAACAAACAAGAAAUACAACUUUCUCGACCCUUUGCCAGGAAACAAACAGAAAAUAAAGAGAGAAAAAAUAAACGAACAAAAAAUACUGAAAAAACAGAGGUCUGACCCAAGAACCAGAACCAGAAAUUCCGACAAUCGGAGAGAGCUUCCAUGGCAGAGAGCAGUAGCAGCAGCCAUAGUGGAUCGUCACCAAUAACCCACAUGACCCAAGACCACCUCUUCUCAAUCCUCCUCCUUUUACCCAUAGAUUCAAUACUCUCUUUUUCCAUGACUUGCAAGAAAUUUAGGACUCUCUCAUACUCUGACACUUUCUGGGAAUCCAUCUGCAGAAGAGAUUGGGGGAACCCAUCUGUUGACGCUCUCAAAUCCUCUCCACAUACCAAACAGCUACUUCAGUUUCCAUGGAAUAAGCUCUACCAGCAAGUCUAUCAGCUGGACUCAGUCUCUUGCCAUAGACUGUCUGAUUCUGACGCUGAGGAGGUUUUCCCAAGGCCCAGAGCUUCUCAUUCUCUCAAUUUUGUGUCUGGGUGUCUGGUUUUGUUUGGUGGAGGUUGUGAGGGAGGACGCCAUCUUGACGACACAUGGGUAGCACACAUAGGUAAUGACGUUAAGAGGAUAUUGAAGUGGCAGAAGAUUAAUUCAGGUGUUCCAAGUGGGCGAUUUGGGCACUCAUGUGUUGUAAUUGGUGAUGCUCUUGUCCUCUUUGGAGGGAUCAAUGAUCACGGAAUUCGCCAAAAUGAUGCAUGGGUAGGGCAAGUAGCAUUCCAUGAGACCUUUGGCAUCACAUUCUCCUGGAGGCUGCUGGAUGUGGGUUCAAUUGCUCCUCCACCCCGUGGGGCCCAUGCUGGAUGCUGCAUUGAUAACAGGAGGAUGCUUAUUCAUGGAGGUAUUGGAUUGUCUGGGGUCAGACUAGACGACACGUGGAUUUUAGAUCUCUCGGAAAAUCUUUGUUCCGGAACUUGGUGUGAAAUUACGACUCAUCCAUCACCUUCAGCUCGUUCGGGACACACGUUGACUUACAUUGGUGGGAACCAAACGGUUUUGUUUGGAGGCAGGGGAUUGGGAUACGAGGUGCUUAAUGAUGUCUGGCUCUUUGAUUCAUCUGAAGGUCACUUAAGAUGGGUACAGUUACUAUUUGAAUUACGAAAUGUACCUGAAGGACUUUCCCUCCCACGAGUUGGUCACUCAGCUACACUUAUCUUAGGAGGUCGACUGCUGAUUUAUGGAGGGGAAGAUACAUACAGGCACAGGAAAAAUGACUUUUGGGUGUUGGAUAUCAAUUCAAAGGGCUUAUUAACAAAUAUGUGGAGAAGGUUAAAGUCCAAGGGUUAUAGACCUAACUGCAGGUCAUUUCAUCGAGCUUGUGCAGAUAAUUCUGGGCGUUACUUGUACGUGUUUGGUGGAAUGAUAGAUGGAUCAACUCAGCCGGCUGAAGCAUUUGGGCUGACGUUUGAUGGGGAGCUUUUCCUUGCGGAGCUUGUGCUUCAGCUCUAGCGGGGAAUAUAAUUUUGGAGCGCUAAGGCUAUCUUAUUAUGUAAUCUUGUAAAAAGUAGCUCUCUCAUGUAGCUCACUGGCUGAUGCUUUAUGUAGAAUGAGGUUGUAAAAAAUAAGUAGCUUUUUAUGACUUGUCCAGUCUUCAUUGUGAAGCGAUAUCUUCUAGAGGGAAAGCAGGGGUGAGGUUUGGCAACAAAUAUCAUCGUUAUGCUACAAUGAAUCUAAACUCCUGUGACCAAUUUUUGAUGAACAAGCUAUAUGCAUUUGUGCUUGAACUAGAACCCCUGUUCAUUUCAUUGAACAAGUUCAUUGGCAAAGUUGAAGCUAAGCAUUGGUGUUCCAUGUCCACCAUUAAGCCACCAGCAGAGGUUCUUCGUGACAGACAGACGUCGAAAUUGAAGACGAAUGCAAUACCAACUUAGGUAAGAUACUGCCUCAUGCAACCUUGUUGGAAAAAUCUGGUUUGAUGGAGCAAUAUGGGAACAGUUGUUUGUUAUGCAUUCCUCUUAAGUCUCUUCUCUUAGAGAGAAACUAGGAUGUGUUCCCUAUAACAUUGAUUGAUAUUGAAGCCUUGGCUCUGUUACUUGUUCUGGAACAUGCCUUGUUCUUGACUCUCUUAUUCGGCCUGUAACUUCGUCUACAGCUUAAACAUGACAAUCUUUGUCAUGGACUGAGUUUUGAAUUGGUAUUUUGAAGUGUGGAAGUUGAUUGGCCGAUCUUCAUGCAUCUCUGGGAGUUAUGAACUACUUGUCAAUCCAUACAGAAAAACAUGUAAAAAAAUGUAUAUUAUAUAUAAAAAAAAUAUCUGCUUUAUGUUA